CUUACACUGAGAUCUAGGCUAAGUCCUCGCGGCACUCACGGCAUGUUAGUGAGUUUACAAUCAUGCACAUGGACAUGGGAUAUGGGGUCCAACACCCAAAAGAGGGACCGACAAAACACGAGUCCAGAAGUAUUCAGUUUUCCUUUUCAAAAUUGGCUUUGGAGAAUUCCCUCCCCUCAUGUGUGUACUGUGCAGUACCUCUGUACAACUGAGUAGGCUCGCAUACGAGAGAAUCUUGCGCUAAACGCACUUAGCGGAAGGGUUCUGUAGGAAUGGAUGCGGAGGCAAGGUACCAUCUAUUUUCGGAGGAGGACACCGGUGAACGUGAAGGGUACCGUGAAACUCGCAACAACUCCGGUAGCGACCACCAGUUGUAUUCCAUUAACGAUGGUGGUCGAGCAACAUCACCAGAGUAUGGGCCAGAUGGAGAACCCUUGCAGCGGCCGACAAGCGCUCGAGUUUUCGCUCAGCAAGAGAAAUGGCAAGCAAUGUACCAGGAAGCCGCCGUAUACCUUCUGGAGGGGUUAUACAAUGACAAGCUAGACUCUCAUCCCAAUCAGCCGGAUGACUUGAGAGCCUAUCACUUUGCGCACAGCACGCCGUUCCACGUGCUGGAUUUGGUGGCAGGUGUCUUGCUCAUGCUGCUGGCAGCGCUGGAAGACCCGGGAGUGGCGGGAAUCAGCAUACCAUACAGGGCAUACACGGCCGUCGAGUUAUGCCUCCUCCUGUUUCUGUCAUUCAACGUCUUCCUACGAGUGCGAUGGAUAAAAGUGAGAAACUUGAGACGACAUCCCAGGAUCAUCAUCAAAAUCGUGAUCAUAUUUGUGAUGGUCAUCGACGGCCUCGUUGUCUUCGGCCAGAAUUUCAAUCACAUACGCGUGGUCCGUGCCCUGAGACCGUUCAUAGUGCUAGACUCGUACUACUUCAAGGGCGUGCGCAGAGUGGCGCGCCAGAUUAUCCAGGCCAUCCCUGCAGUGAUGUACAUGGUCGUUCUCAUUCUCUUUGUCAUGGUGCUCUUUUCUGCUUUCGCUUCUAUGGUCGUGGCUCACGAUCACGAUGAUCCGGUAAGGCAUCACUUGCUGUUGCCUCGGUGUUGGGACAUGUCUCUGUGU